AUGUGGACUCUGACUCCCAACAUAACUGUGUCCUAUGGAAUCAAGAGUGUAUUUCUCUUCCUUUCAGUUCUGGAGUUUGCAGUGGGGAUUCUGAUGAACGCCUUCAUUUUCCUGGUGAAUUUUCGGGAUGUGGUGAGGAGGCAGCCCCUGAGUGACUGUGACCUUGUCCUGCUGAUUCUCAGCCUCACCCGGCUUUUUCUGCAUGGGCUGCUGUUUCUGGAAGCCCUCCAGCUGACCCUGUUCCAGCAGAUGAAGGACCCACUGAGCAGCAGCUACGAAACCAUCAUCAUGCUCUGGAUGAUCACAAACCAGGUGGGCCUCUGGCUCGCCACCUGCCUCAGCCUCCUCUACUGCUCUAAGAUUGUCCGUUUCUCUCACGGCUUCCUGCUCUGCUUGGCAAGCUGGAUCUCCAGAAGGAUCUCCCGGAUGCUCCUGGCUACUACUGUCCUUUCCACCUUGGCCUGCACCGCCAUCUGUUCUUGGGACUUUGUUAGCAAAUCUCACAUCACAGCCACGUAUACGCUAUCCACGAACUAUACAGAACACAAUUUGCAAAUGAAAAAACUCGAUUUUUGUCAGUCCUUCCUCUUCUGCAGCCUGGGCUCCACCCCGCCUUUCUUGUGUUUUCUGGUUUCUUCUGGGGUGCUGAUUGCGUCCCUGUGGCGCCACAUGCGGACCAUGAGGGCCAAGACCAGCGACUAUCGCGACCCCAGCCUCGUGGCCCACAUCAAAGCACUCAAAUCCCUCAUCUCCUUUCUCGGUGUCUAUGUGGUGUCAUUUGGUGCAGCCCUCCUCUCCGUGCUGCUGCUGGUGCUGUGGCAUAACAAGCUCGGCGUUAUGGUGUGUGUUGGGGUGAUGGCGGCCUGCCCCUCGGGACACGCGGCCAUCCUGAUCUCAGGCAAUGCCAAGUUGAGGAGAGCUGUGGACAGCAUCUUGCUCUGGGUUCAGAGAUGCCUAAAGGUAAGGGCAGACUGCAAGGAACCCAGGACACCAGGUCUCUGCUGA